UUCUUCAUGUUCUCUUCAUCUCUUUUCUUCUUUUUCCCCUCUUUGCCGUCUUUCAAGCUAAUAACGUGACUUUAGGUACGCAUCUCAUAGCGGGCGACGGAGGUUUAUGGGCUUCACCUUCCACUGACUUUGCCUUCGGAUUUCGGCCUCUGGAAGAUAAGGAUUCCUUCUUGCUCUGCAUCUGGUUCAACCAAAUACCAGAAAAAACAGUCGUUUGGUAUGGCAAUGAUGGAAAUCCAGCACCAAAAAAAUCCAAAAUUGAGCUUACAACAGAUGGCCAACUCCUGCUUACCAAUCCCAAAGGCUAGCAGUUAUGGAAGGCUGCAAUCAUCAAUCCCAGCGAUGUCGCUUACGCUGCCAUGCUCGACAAUGGCAACUUCGUGCUUGAAAGUAACAAUUUUGUUCACAUAUGGGAAAGCUUCAGCCAACCUACAGACACUAUGUUGCCCGGACAGAUACUGCAAGUGGGUGGCAAUCUUUCUUCUCGGCUGUCGAAAACUAAUUACUCAAGGGGAAGGUUUCAGCUCCGAAUGCUUGAUGAUGGAACUCUCCAGAUCAAUCCUGUCGCCUUGCCUUCUUACUUUCCUUACGAUUCCUACUUCUCUAUUGAUGCUAUUCCCGCUGAUAAUCGUUCGACGUUAGUCUUCAAUGAAUCAGGCCAUCUUUAUAUACUGAGGAGCAAUGGAAGCAUAGAGGAUCUCUCACCACCCAACAUACUCCCAAUUUCUGAUUUCUAUCACAGGGCGACCCUUGAUGUUCGUGGAGCAUUUUAUCUGUACAGUCAUCCAAGGCCUUCACGUGGUGGCAGUGGAGACUGGGCCACUGAGAAAUCAUUUCCUGAGAAGGUCUGUGAGAUUACUGGGGGCCUAGGCAGUGGUGCUUGUGGGUAUAAUAGCUACUGCGGAGUUGCUAAUGGGAUGCCCAGUUGUGAAUGCCCACCUGAAUACACCCUGAAUGACCCAAACAACAUUCUCAGUGGCUGCAAACCAAAAAUCCCACUUGUAUGUGAAGAAAAUCAAUCUGGUUCCCUUAAGGAUCUGUUUGAGUUCAAGGAGCUGAGUGGCACCAAUUGGCCAUUCGCUGAUUACGAAAGAUUUGAGCCCAUUACUGAAGAGGACUGCAGGAAUUUUUGCUUGCAGGACUGUUACUGUGCAGUUGUUAUUUAUAGAAACGUGACAUGCUGGUUGAAGAAGCUUCCACUCUCCAAUGGGAGGUUAACCGCAAGUGACACUGGGAAGGCUCUGUUCAAAUUAAGGCGUUCAAGUUCUUCAAGCUCGAAGAAAAAAGAUCGAACAAUAGCUAUCCUGGUUGGAUCAUUGGGUAGUUCAGUAUUUAUCAACUUCGUAUUGUUAGCUGCAAUUUGUCUGACUGCUUUCAUUGCUUAUCAAAAAAGACCAAAAAGUAGUAAGCAAGAUUCAAGCAUUUCAGAGUCUAAUCUGCGUUCAUUUACAUAUAAAGAACUCGAAGAAGCCACAAAUGGGUUCAAGGAAGAAUUGGGAAAGGGUGCUUUUGGCAUUGUUUACAAAGGUGUCUACCCAUUAGGCUCUAAAAAUAUGAUUGCAGUCAAGAGACUAGACAAGGUGGUUCAAGAAGGUGAGAAGGAAUUCAAAACAGAGGUAAGUGUGAUCGGCCAGACCCACCACAAGAAUUUAGUUCGAUUGUUUGGAUUUUGUGAGGAAGGGCCACACAGGCUUUUGGUUUAUGAGUUCAUGAGCAAUGGCUCUUUGGCAAGCUUUCUCUUUGGACUCUCAAGGCCUCAUUGGGACCAAAGAACCCAGAUUGCAAUCGGGAUCGCAAGAGGGAUUGCAUACUUACAUGAAGAAUGCAGCACCCAGAUCAUCCAUUGUGAUAUAAAGCCUCAGAACAUACUUCUAGACGAUUUUUUCAGGCCAAGGAUUUCUGAUUUUGGAUUGGCAAAGCUGUUAAUGCCUGACCAGGUCUUAACUCUUACAGGUAUUCGAGGAACUAGAGGGUAUGUGGCACCAGAGUGGUUCCGGAGUAUGCCGGUUACAACAAAGGUGGAUAUUUAUAGCUUUGGAGUGAUGUUGUUGGAGAUUCUCUGUUGUAGGAGGAGUGUUGAGACAGCAUGGGGUGAAAAUGAGAAAGCAAUAUUAACAGAUUGGGCUUAUGACUGCUACAGAGAAGGUAAACUUGAAGAGUUGGUGGAGAAGGAUGAAGAGGCCUUGAGGGAUGAGAGGAGGUUACUGACAUUCGUGAUGGUGGCAAUUUGGUGUAUUCAAGAGGAUCCAUCACUGAGGCCAACAAUGAAGAAGGUGUCACAGAUGCUUGAAGGCACUGUCGAUGUUCCCCGUCCACCAUGCCCUUUUCCCUUCAGCUCAGUUUGUUGAUCACUAUCUCUCUGUGUAUUCUUGUAUUUUGGUGUUUUGUAUCCUGUAUUUCUUAUUAAUUAUCACUA